GGGAAAAGGUGGGGGCGGGCCGUCCUCUAACGUCAACACUCCAGACUGUCCCCUUCGUCGCUGCGCCAGCCCGCACUCGAGUCAAACGGAGGUGGAAAGUCAGCAUCUGAGUUGUGGUGCUUAGCUAGGGGAACCGGGAGAGACGACGAUGGCCGAACUGCUGAAGAAAGGAGCCCCCGAGCCGGUGGAGACCAAGGACGUGAGGGAGGCUCUGAAGGCCAAGGAGGUGAAGGAGAACGCCAACGCCGAGCGAGCGCAGAGCAGCGAGAGUAACCCGCUCAACAAGGCGGCAGCGCCGAAAGAACCUUCUCUGGUCGUCUUUAACAACGACGGCGGUGCUGUCGCAUCGCAUAAGCCCGUAAAGAAGCAAAUCCAGUUUGCAGAUGAAAAGCAGGAGUUCAGCAGAUUCCCUACCAAGACUGGUCGGAGGUCUCUGUCACGUUCAAUUUCUCAAUCUUCCACGGACAGCUACAGCUCAGCUGCAUCCUAUACGGACAGUUCUGAUGAUGAGACCUCCCCAAGAGACAAGCAGCAAAGCAAUUCGAAGAACAGUAGUGACUUUUGUGUGAAGAACAUCAAGCAGGCAGAGUUUGGACGCAGGGAGAUUGAAAUUGCUGAGCAAGAAAUGUCGGCUCUUGUGGCACUUCGAAAACGAGCACAGGGCGAAAAACCACUGGCUGGAGCCAAAAUUGUGGGCUGCACUCACAUUACUGCUCAAACUGCGGUCCUUAUAGAGACCCUGGGAGCUCUUGGAGCACAGUGUCGUUGGGCAGCCUGUAAUAUUUACUCCACACAGAAUGAGGUUGCCGCUGCACUUGCUGAAGCUGGAUUUGCAGUGUUUGCUUGGAAAGGAGAGUCUGAAGAUGAUUUCUGGUGGUGCAUUGAUCGUUGCGUGAACAUGAACGGCUGGCAAGCAAAUAUGGUACUGGAUGAUGGUGGAGAUUUGACUCACUGGGUCUAUAAGAAAUAUCCCCAUGUUUUUAAGAAAAUCAGAGGCAUUGUAGAGGAGAGUGUGACUGGUGUACACAGGCUGUAUCAGUUGUCUAAAGCAGGCAAGCUAUGUGUUCCAGCCAUGAAUGUGAAUGAUUCUGUUACCAAACAGAAAUUUGAUAACCUCUACUGCUGUAGGGAGUCCAUCUUGGAUGGCUUAAAGAGAACAACAGAUGUGAUGUUUGGUGGGAAGCAAGUGGUCGUGUGUGGAUAUGGAGAGGUUGGGAAAGGUUGCUGCGCUGCUCUGAAAGCACUGGGUGCUAUUGUUUAUGUGACAGAAAUUGAUCCAAUUUGUGCUUUACAGGCCUGUAUGGAUGGAUUUCGUGUGAUGAAAUUGAAUGAAGUUGUACGACAGGGAGACUUGAUCAUUACCUGCACAGGUAAUAAGAAUGUUGUUACUAGGGAACAACUUGACCGAAUGAAAAACGGUUGCAUUGUCUGCAAUAUGGGGCAUUCCAAUACUGAAAUUGAUGUGGCAAGCCUACGUACUCCAGAACUGACAUGGGAGCGUGUACGGUCUCAAGUUGAUCACGUGAUUUGGCCAGAUGGGAAGCGUGUUGUGCUUUUAGCUGAGGGUCGCCUUCUGAACUUGAGCUGUUCAACUGUUCCCACUUUUGUGCUUUCAAUCACAGCAACCACUCAGGCACUGGCUCUGAUAGAGCUCUACAAUGCUCCUGAGGGACGUUACAAACAAGAUGUAUAUCUUCUGCCUAAAAAGAUGGAUGAGUAUGUUGCCAGUUUGCAUCUGCCAACCUUUGAUGCACACUUGACAGAAUUGACUGACGAUCAGGCAAAAUAUCUUGGCCUGAACAAAAAUGGACCUUUCAAGCCUAAUUACUACAGGUAUUAGAUGGUGCAGAACCAAAACGAUCUGAAGAAGGACCAAGUUGUCUGAAACCUCAAUAGAAGAAUGUAUAGUAGGAGCCGGCCUAGCUGGUUAAAUGCUCAACAAACUUAUUCAAAGAGCAUUUCUGCAAUCCUAGGCUGCUUAUUCUUUUAAGCCUGGUUUUUUUUUUUUGCUUGCAUUUUCUUUUCUAUACUCCUUUAAUUAUAAGUGAGUGUUUUGAUUUUCUAACUUACUGCCGGGGGAUGUAACUGUCAUGUUAUGUUGUGAUAGCACAGUCUCCAUAAAAUCACUUGAGCCUGUAUAUGAUUGACGUGGAAACAAGUAGUACUGUAAUAAUUUAAAAAAAAAUCUUUUUGUCUGCUUUGUCUUUCCUAUUUUGUUUUAGUUUAGAACCUGGGCUUUAAGCUCAAUUCAAAAUGUUCCAAAGGAUUCUCUGGUUUUAACUUUUAUUUUUAAAGAAAUCUUUUCAUGGAGGCAAUCAAAACCAAUUUGGUAUUUGCCAUUAUAGUUGUACGAUACUCAUAUCUUUUCAGGAACCAGCGCUGACUGUAAUAAAUGAUGAGUAUCAACUUUUAAACAAACCUGAUUCAAUACUAAACCAUUGUAAAUAUCACUGUGUAGCCAAAAAAAUGUGAAUGGUUUUGUUCAUGCAGAAUUUGAGUUCACCUCUCUCUUAUGCAAUGUUAGCCUUACUUAUGCAUUUUAAUAUAUUGACACCACUAGAUGUUACAUUUCAGGACACAUUAUUAUCAAUCAGGCAAAGAAAAUUAAAGCUUACAUCUGAUUUAACAGGGAACAUAAUUUAAGGUGUCAGUAUUCUAAUUCUAGAUGGGUAUAUUUUGACAGAAUCAUAUUAGAGCAAGUUUGUCAUAAGAUUGUGCCAAAUGGAGUUUGUGUUGACAAGCAUGAAUCUCUGCUUGAGUCUUGAUAGCUUCAUAUUCCACAAACACUUGCUGUAAAACAAACAAAAAAGCAUUUCUGCAAUUAUGUACUUUUGUGAUAAGGCUUUUUUUUUUUGCAAAUGCUUUUCUUGGACCAUGAACAAGCACUGGAUUCUGCUGGUGACCUCUCUUAAUACUUGUGGGUUUUAUGCCAAUGAGCCUGUCUAAGGCUAUAUUCCUAACAGUGGGACCAGAAAAUACUUUCACUCCAGUUACAUGAAAAAGAUAUAUUUUAAAAAAAAAUAAAGAAUUUAAAAAUAUUGUA